CAAACCCUGCUCAGCUGAGCUUUGAUAGUUGCUUGCUGCAGCAGACCCCAAAUGCUGAUUUCCCCCCCACCGCCUGUCAAAUUUCUCCACAGACAUAGCAUGUUGCAGGAUUUGUUCAGCCAUCCAAACUGAAUGUGAGAUCUGCUAAAAAAUAAAGGGAGCCCAGGAGCUGUGGAGGCGAAACUACGAGGGAGGAAAACAGCAGAAAGUUAGGGUCAAGAGCUUCUGAGAAGAUGGGGAUGCACCUGGGAUUGCUGAAGAUUUCCUGGAGUGUUCUUGUCAUCCUCUCCUGGCUCCUGCAGAAGGAAGCAACGGGAUCAGAAAAUGAAAGGGAAAGCACAGGUUGGACACGGGAACAUCUAUCAAUAGUGGGGGCGCAACCUCAGUCUUGGGCGCGAAAGGCAAGGGCAACAUCGCUGGAAGACAAAAGGACACGGAUUAGCCAAGAUCUUGUUGGAAAAAGUUUGGCCAUUGACACAUUGAUGGACAAUGAAACACAGAUUGUGGAAGACAAUCACAGUUACUACAUAUCCCGAAUAUAUGGUCCUGGAGAGAUGAGAGCCAAAGAACUCUGGGUAGAUAUAGCAGAAGCCAACAGGAGCCAAGUUAAAGUCCACGGAAUCCUAUCCAAUACCCACAGGCAGGCCUCGAGAGUUAGGCUCUCCUUUGACUUUCCCUUCUAUGGGCAUUACCUGCGGCAGGUCACCAUAGCAACAGGAGGUUUUCUCUUUAUGGGCGAUAUUAUCCACCAGAUGUUGACAGCCACACAAUAUGUUGCCCCUCUUAUGGCGAACUUCAACCCCAGCUACUCCCAUAAUUCGACUGUCAAAUAUUUUGACAAUGGAACUGUCUUUGUAGUUCAGUGGGACCAAGUGUACCUGGAGGGAAAAGAAGGCAGAGGAUAUUUCAUCUUUCAGGCAGCUUUACACAAUGAUGGCAGAAUUGUAUUUGGCUACAAAGAGAUACCCAUGUCGGUCUUGGAAAUUGGCGCUACCCAGCACCCUGUGAAAGCUGGCCUCUCGGAUGCUUUCAUGAUUCUUAAUUCUUCCCCUGGUGUGCCUGAAUCUCGCCGUCGGAUUAUCCAUGAAUAUCACCGGGUGGAACUAGAUACCAGCAAGAUCGUGAGUGCAUCAGCUGUGGAGUUUGUGCCCUUGCCCACUUGCCUCCAGCACCAGAGCUGCGAAGCCUGUGUAACAUCUGAUCUAACCUUCAACUGUAGUUGGUGUCAUGUCCUGCAAAGGUGCUCAAGUGGAUUUGAUCGAUACCGUGAAGAGUGGCUGAAGUACGGCUGUGGCCAAGAGUCAGAAGAGAAGACCUGUGCAGACUUUGAAGAGGAUGCAGAUUACAUCUCAUCACUCCCCAGCAGAACUCCCUUCACAGCACCCGGAGAAGAUGUUACCACUUCCUCCCACUUUGUCAACAGCCUCACCACAGAAGAUGACACAAAGAUGAACCAGAUUCCAGAAGGAGAAGAUUUGCUAAAUAAACCCCUUGAGAAGAAAAUGGGAUCUCAGCUUCAUACAGGAACAAUUGUUGGGAUUGUCCUGGCCGUUCUGUUCAUCGCAGUCAUUAUCCUUGCUGGCAUCUACAUCAUCAGCAAUCCAACAUCCAGCGCAGCUUUAUUCUUCCUUAAGCGGAGACCGCAUCAGCGGCCGAUCAUGAAGUUCAGAAACCAUUCAGCCUACACUGAGGUGGAACCAGCUGGCUACGAGAAGGAAGGAUUUGUUGAAGCAGAUCAGUGCUGAAGGCUACCUUGUUGCUUUAACACCGUGUCUCCCAUAUCCUGUUUAUUUCAUGAUGAAUUCAGAUGAAGGGGAAAGGGGGAAAGUAAACACAGUGAAAAUAUCCCAAAGAGAGUUAGGAGCACAAGAAGCUGUGUUAAUAUUAUGAAUUAGACCAUUGUUUCCUCUAGCCCAGUAUUAUUGACACUGACUAAUAGUAGCUAUCCAGAGUUUCAGAUAGCAUUCUAACUAGAGAUGCCAGGGAUUGACAUGGGAUCUUCAGCAUUUAGAGGCAUAUGUUCUACCACUAACCUACAGUCACUCCCCAACAGGUAUAUGAGCAUCUAAAAACAGGGGAGAAGCAGACAGAUUUGGUAUACGGCCACUGAAUUUUCAGCCAUGAAAGCUACAUAUAAUGGAGUCCAGACUUUACUGCAGAGGUGGUGAUGGUCGCACCAAGUGCUACAAACUACAUGUUAUCAUUGGACAGCUAAUUAAUAUAGCCUCUGCCCUUCCUUCUUUUUGCAGACAUUAUAACUUGACAGUAACUGAUAAUUGGCAAAUGCAUGUGUAUUUCUUGCUGUGCAUCAUGGUGAGCACUACACAUAGUUUUUUAAAAAUGUUCUCAUAGGAUAGGAAAAUAAAUAUGUGAAACUGUUCUUUAAAAAGGUUGGGAAAGUUGGGGGGGGAUCAGCCUGCUGUUUGAAAGACUGUAAUUUGCUUUCUAAAUGUCCCUUGAGAGAUAACAUCUGGGGCUUAUGGAUUAUGGUAUCAUGAAACAGCUAGACUCACUAGCGCUCUUUCAAUAUCUCAGCUUCAUUGUGACACUUAUUGAAUGCAGCACCUGACAUUUGUGGAUCUGGGGGCAGCUUAAGCUGGGUCUGAAAUGCCACCUUCAUAUUUAUCUAUAAUGGCAGUAUAAAUUCAAGCCCAGAGAAGGAAAUCAUUAAUUAAGGAGCCUUGCCGUUGACGGUAAUUGUCUCUGUUUGACAGCUAAGUUAGCCAAGGGAUAAAAUAUGUGCCAAACUUGGCAUCAGACCCUAAAAACACCACCAUAACUUGUUUUGUUUUGAAUUACUAACUCCAUCUCACAGUUGCCUCUAGGGUGUAGCUUUACCUUUCUUGCCUGCUUUUUUCUAAGAACAACUUCAAAGGGCAAAUUCUGGUCUUGGUUUUCAGGAGCAGAAGACAGUGAGGGACUUUCAUCAGUGGCAACUGGACCUAUGGGCUGGGGGAUUUUGAGAGCCACAGCAGUAAGGAUGUGACUAGACAGUCAAAUUAUCCUGGCCUGGAUUAAUCUGAGAAAAGGAAGUUUUGAAUUUUGCUAACUAACACAGUCUAUCAGUGAUAUUUGAAAGCCUUACUGAUACAUUAACACUAAUUAAAAAGAAAUGCAAAAUAUCCUUUCCCUUCCCCAUCACAGAUAAAUGGCAAGGAAGUUUCUUGAUUCUCAAGAUCAUUAAGCAGCUUCACCAAAGGGACAACCACCCAGCCAAUCACUUUGAUUUGUUCCCAGCAAUUGAACACACUGGAAUUGAACUAAAACAGUGUGAUCAUACCUGUACCAAAAUAACAGUAACCCUUGACAGAGAUCCAAAAAGGUGCAAGCAGGUAUCGAUUAAGGGUAGCCUAGUUCAUAAUGGCACAUAUGUCAUGUGGGUGCCUGAAAAAUGAGCAAAUGAGCUUGUUUCUAACCCAAACACAAUACUGGGAACAAAUGCUUCUCUAGUCACACCAUGAGAUUAAAGUUUGUGAGCUUUGGGAAGCAGGAUGUAAUUUGUGAUCAAGAAUGUCUCAUGUCAAACAUCUAGAUUAGUGGUUCCCCACCUUUUUCAAGUUGCAACCCCCUUUUAUAAUAGCCAAGUAACCUGUG